CAGGUCUCGCGGCAGGCAAGCGGCUUGGUCGCCAGCUCCGGCCUCAUGGCUGCUCCCGGCUCUUCGGCUGAGUGCGGCUACAUCCGGACAGUCCUGGGCCAGCAGAUUCUGGGGCAGCUGGACAGCUCCAGCCUGGCUUUGCCUUCCGAGGCCAAGCUGAAGCUGGCGGGGAGCAGCGGCCAGGCGGUCAAGAGCCUGCGGAUCCAGGAGCAGGUGCAGCAGACCCUGGCCCGGAAGGGCCGCAGUUUCGCGGGCAGCGGAAAUCUUCACCGAACUAGCAGUGUUCCUGAAUAUGUCUACAAUCUACACUUGGUUGAAAAUGAUUUUGCUGGUGUGCGUUCCCCUGUUACUAAAACCUAUGACUUGCUAAAGACAGGCACAGCCCCCACUUAUGAAGGUCGCUGGGGAAGAGGAACUUCGCAAUACAGCUCCCAGAAGUCGGUGGAGGAAAGGUUCUUCAGGCAGCCUCUAAGGAGACUUGAGAUUUCCCCAGACAGCAGCCCUGAGAGGGCUCAGUACGCACACAGCGAGCACCAGUACAGCCAGAGAAGCCAGGCCGGCCACACCUUGCGGCACCAGGAGAGCAGGAGGUCCACGCUUCUCGUGCCACCUCGCUACGCCCGCUCAGAAAUUGUAGGUUUCAGCCACUCCGGGGCGGUGGGCAGACAGCGUCACUACGACACCUACAACAGGCGCUACCAGUACGGGUCUGCGAACGAAGCUGUUUUUGACGGCGCCCCGGUCCACCCGGUAGUGCUCACCUACCCCAGGCCGGGGACCAGCCACAGCCUGGGCAACCUCCUGGAGAAGGAGAACUACGUGACUGCGGGACUCGCCGCCGGGCAGGCCAGGCCGGCGCCCGUGCCGCCGGGCACGCAGGGCCGGGCAGAGCGCUCGUCCUGGCAUCAGAGCUCCUUCCACAGCACCCGCACUCUGAGGGAAGCCACUCUGAGGGAAGCCGAGGCGGGCGGGAGGAGGCCGCACAUGACCGUGGGCCAGGUGGCCGCCGGAGGAAGUGGGAUCAUGGUCGCCGGCGAGAGAAGCACUUUCACCGAAGCCCAGUCUGGGAAUGUAGACAUGGAGAUGACUCUGGAGCGAGCAGUGAGCAUGCUUGAGGCAGACCACACGCCACCGUCCAAGAUUCCUAUUGCAGCUACUUUCAUACAGCAUGAAUGCUUCCAGAAAUCUGAAGCACGGAAAAGGGUUUAUCAGCUUCAUGGCAUCCCCAAGCUUCUACAGCUCCUAAAAGUUCAGAAUGAAGAUAUCCAGCGAGCCGUGUGUGGGGCCUUGAGAAACUUGGUGUUUGAAGAUAAUGACAAUAAAUUGGAGGUAGCUGAACUCAGUGGGGUGCCUCGGCUGCUCCAGGUGUUAAAGCACACCAGAGACUUGGAGACUAAGAAGCAAAUAACAGGUUUGCUGUGGAAUUUAUCCUCUAAUGACAAACUUAAGAAUCUCAUGAUAACAGAAGCCUUGCUUGUCCUCACUGAGAAUAUCAUCAUUCCCUUUUCGGGGUGGCCAGAAGGAGACUACCCCAAAGCAAAUGGUUUGCUUGAUUUUGAUAUAUUCUACAAUGUCACAGGAUGCCUGAGAAACAUGAGUUCAGCUGGCCCUGAAGGGAGAAAAGUGAUGAGGAGGUGUGAUGGACUGAUUGACUCACUGGUCCAUUAUGUCAGAGGCACCAUUGCGGAUUACCAGCCAGAUGACAAGGCCACAGAGAACUGUGUGUGCAUUCUUCAUAACCUCUCCUACCAGCUGGAGGCAGAGCUCCCAGAGAAAUACUCUCAGAGUAUUUAUAUUCAAAACCGGAAUAUCCAGGCUGACAACAACAAAAGUAUUGGGUGUUUUGGCAGUCGAAGCAGAAAAGUAAAAGAGCAAUACCAGGACAUGCCAAUGCCAGAGGAAAAGAGCAACCCCAAGGGCGUGGAGUGGCUGUGGCACUCCAUCGUGAUACGAAUGUAUUUGUCCUUGAUCGCCAAGAGUGUCCGAAACUAUACUCAAGAAGCAUCUUUGGGAGCUCUCCAGAAUCUCACAGCAGGAAGUGGACCAAUGCCAACAUCAGUAGCUCAGACAGUUGUCCAGAAGGAAAAUGGCCUUCAGCACACACGAAAGAUGCUGCAUGUUGGUGAUCCAAGUGUGAAAAAGACUGCCGUCUCUCUGCUGAGGAAUUUGUCUCGGAAUCUUUCUCUACAGAAUGAAAUUGCCAAAGAAACUCUACCUGAUUUGGUUUCCAUAAUUCCUGACACAGUCCCAAGUACUGAUCUUCUCAUUGAAACUACAGCUUCUGCCUGUUACACAUUGAACAAUAUAAUCCAAAAUAGUUACCAGAAUGCACGGGAUCUUCUAAACACUGGGGGCCUGCAGAAAAUUAUGACCAUAAGCGCAGGUGACACCUGCGCCUCCAGCAAAGCAAGUAAAGCUGCUUCUGUUCUCCUGUAUUCUCUGUGGACCCACGCAGAGCUCCAUAAUGCCUACAAGAAGGCUCAGUUUAAGAAGACAGAUUUUGUCAACAGCAGGACUACCAAAGCCUACCACUCCCUGAAAGACUGAGGAAUGUGAAAAAGUGCUCUCAGAAAUAUGAACCUCUUCAUUCUCAGUUACAAAAAGCCCCAAAGGAAAACACCUAUUUUUCUACUUCCCAGCUUAGGAAACCUCAAAAAAGCAUAUCCUGUUUCUACACUUUUCUAUUUCCAUGGUCCUUGAAUCCAGAAGACAGUUGUGAGUUUGACACCAGUAGAUACUGGCAACAGGCUCAAUUUUACCCUCUACAAAUAGUGGUCUUUUUGAUCAAGGCUAAUAGUGCAUGACCUCCUGGAAUCAAAAUAUGAAUUUAUAUGGAAUGGACAUUAACAAAGUAAAUAAGGAAGAAAGCUGUUGUAUCACUAGGAUUUUAAAUUUUGACUUACAUUUAUAUUCCUUUUCUGAUUUCCAUGUUUUGUCACUCACAUGUGUGUUGUUUCACCAUUGAGCCAUGAGUGUACUGUUCUGCAGUGCUGAAACAGAAACAAGAAAUAUUUGUGGAGUUGUCCAGGAGAAAAUAUAAUGGCAACACUGCCAGUUUGUUUGCUUUGUGCUUGUUUUUAUCCUCUUGGAUUUUUUUCUCGGCUUUUCAGUAAAUGUAAGAAAUUUAGAUCACAAA